AUGGCAAGUAAUAGUCCAUACAUAGUUGUGCUUGUUUAUCUCAACUGUUGUAUGAGAAACGGCGAGAAUAGGGUGACAUUUGAGUGUGAGGAUCCGAUAUUGUUUCGAACUCGGCGGGUGGAGAUGUUGUCCGAUUUGAGGAGUUUGAUAUUGAGCAAGCUCGGGGGUACAAAAGCGAGGAAAAUCGGAAGGGUGGCGUAUAGGUUGCUGGCACCUAUAGUGGAUGAGGCAGAGGAGGGCGAGGAGGAGUCGGACAAGGAUUACGUGGGGGACAGUGGUGACAGUGACUUGUCUGAUAGUAGGGUUGAGGAUGAGUGUGUUCCGGAGACACCUGUUCCAACCGUGGCCUGCCAUGUCUUGCCUCCACCUCUUCCAAUACCGGCACUUUCGGCAGUUCUGUCUCACCAUCACAGUCUGGAUCUAGACGCCAUGCAUGAGAGGACUCUGUUUCUUGACACGGGUGAAGAGGAUUACAACCUAGACGGCGGUGUAGAGUUUCGGGUCGGCCACAAGUUUAGGAGCCGAGAGGCAGUGCUUCAGGGUGUGAAGAACUACAAUAUUCGGAGGAGUGCAGAGUAUCGGGUGAUCGAAUCAGACCGGUUAAAGCACCAUGUGCAGUGCCGUCAAGCUGAGAAUGGGUGUUAA